UUUGUCUGGCGAGCGUGGUCGCAGAGGGGAGCUUUGGAGGGGCGCUGCGAUCGCCGAGCGGGCGACCCCCCGGGUGACAGGCGGCCGCUCGGGGAGUGGGCAGCGCCGGGGCCGCGUGAGCCCAGGGUGGUGCCCGAAGGUGCAGGGAGGCGCCCGGCCGGGAGGACCGAGGAGGUGGAGGGUGUUUUUGAUUCAUUCGAGAAUCGCGCUCUUUAAAACGGGGAAACUUUCCUACGAGUUCCAGGAGGGAGGACCGACUGUUAGGUUGGUUUCUCUGGUCUUGCUGCUCUGUUUGCGGCCGGAGGCUGAAGCGCUUUGAGGACUGCUUUCCACCGCUAGAGUAUUGUCAAGGGGCCGAGACGGAAGGCCGCCUGGCUGCUGGGACCAGGACCCGGGGGGAUGGUUUGGGGGUCCAGGAUAGCUCCCAGGUAUGCAGCAGCGGGGCUCCAGAGGCAACGAGAUGAUGCCCUUUUCCCCGAGCCCUGGCUGAGCCCUCCGAAACGCAUGCUGUGAGCACGUUCUUAACCUUUGCUGGUAUCCGGGGACACACACACUUAGAACAUAGAAUCCUCUGCUGGGCAUGGAGGCGGCCGGGCAUUCGCAGAGGAGAGCGCCAGCUCACGGUGUGUGCGUUUCUCUCAGGAAGCCGCUCUGUGACCCACCUCUGAAUCCCACAAGACCACACCAGAGAGCCGGGCGCAAGAUGAACCAGCACCCUGUGGGCUCAAGAUGCACCAGACCCUCCGCCUGAACCCCGAGAGCCCGAAAAUGUCUGCGUGCAGUGACUUUGUGGAGCACAUCUGGAAACCCGGGUCCUGCAAGAACUGCUUCUGCCUGCGGAGCGACCACCAGCUGGUGGCCGGCCCUCCCCAGCCCAGAGCGGGCAGCCUGCCCCCUCCACCGCGCCUGCCUCCCAGACCUGAGAACUGCCGCCUGGAAGAUGAAGGUGUGAACAGCUCACCUUACUCCAAGCCCACAAUUGCCGUGAAGCCCACCAUGAUGAGCUCCGAGGCCUCUGAUGUGUGGACAGAGGCCAACCUGAGUGCCGAAGUCUCGCAGGUCAUCUGGAGACGUGCCCCCGGCAAGCUCCCCCUCCCGAAGCAGGAGGAUGCCCCCGUCGUCUACCUGGGCAGCUUCCGAGGUGUACAGAAGCCUGCUGGUCCCUCUACCUCCCCUGAUGGCAAUUCUCGCUGUCCCCCAGCUUACACCAUGGUUGGCCUGCACAACCUUGAGCCCCGCGGCGAGAGGAACAUUGCCUUCCACCCAGUGAGCUUCCCGGACGAGAAGGCUGGGCACAAAGAAAAACCUUCAUUUCCUUAUCAAGACCGGCCCUCCACCCAGGAGAGCUUCCGCCAGAAACUGGCUGCCUUUGCUGGGACCACAUCUGGCUGUCACCAGGGCCCUGGGCCCCUGCGGGAAUCCCUGCCCUCGGAGGAUGACAGUGAUCAAAGGUGCUCGCCCUCUGGGGACAGCGAGGGUGGAGAGUACUGCUCCAUCCUGGACUGCUGCCCUGGGAGCCCUGUUGCCAAGGCUGCCUCCCAGACUGCAGGUUCCCGGGGCAGGCACGGUGGCAGGGACUGCUCACCCACGUGCUGGGAGCAGGGGAAGUGUUCCGGGCCCGCAGAGCAGGAGAAGCGGGGCCCGAGCUUCCCCAAGGAGUGCUGUAGCCAGGGCCCCACUGCCCACCCAUCCUGCCUGGGCCCCAAGAAACCGUCCCUCACCUCGGAGGCUGCCAUUUCUUCCGACGGCGUCUCUUGUGGCAGCGGCAGCCGCAGCGGCAGCGGCGCCAGUAGCCCAUUCGUCCCCCACCUCGAGAGUGAUUACUGCUCCCUCAUGAAGGAACCUGCCCCAGAGAAGCAGCAGGACCCUGGCUGCCCAGGGGUGACCCCUAGCAGAUGCCUUGGGCUGACGGGGGAGCCCCAGCCCCCGGCCCACCCCCGGGAGGCUCCACAGCCUGAACCCAUCUAUGCUGAGAGCACCAAGAGGAAGAAGGCAGCUCCGGUGCCUUCCAAGUCACAGGCCAAGACAGAACAUGCAGCGGCUGCGCAGGGCCAAGGCCAGGGUCAAGGCCAGGGUCAAGGCCAGGGCCAGGUAUGUACAGGUAAUGCCUGGGCCCAGAAAACAGCAUCUGGCUGGGGCCGGGACAGCCCAGACCCAACUCCCCAGGUGUCAGCCACCAUCACAGUCAUGGCGGCCCACCCGGAAGAGGACCAUCGGACGAUCUACCUGAGCAGCCCUGACUCUGCAGUGGGGGUGCAGUGGCCACGAGGGCCUGUGAGCCAGAACUCCGAGGUGGGUGAAGAGGAGACUUCCGCUGGGCAGGGGCUGAGCUCCAGGGAAAGCCAUGCUCACAGUGCCAGGGAGAGCAAGCCCAAGGAGAGGCCCGCCAUUCCCCCCAAGUUGUCCAAGAGUAGCCCUGUAGGGUCCCCGGUGUCACCGUCUGCCGGAGGGCCCCCAGUGUCACCGCUGGCUGACCUCAGUGAUGGGAGCUCUGGCGGCAGCAGCAUUGGGCCCCAGCCUCCAUCCCGAGGUCCUGCUGACCCCGCUCCUCCCUGCCGAACCAACGGUGUCACUAUCAGUGACCCAUCCAGGUGUCCCCAGCCUGCGGCCUCCUCAGCCUUGGAACAGAGGCGGCCCAGGUUCCAGGCAGGCACCUGGAGUCGUCAGUGCCGGAUAGAGGAAGAAGAGGAGGUGGAGCAGGAAUUGCUGAGUCACAGCUGGGGAAGAGAGACGAAAAAUGGCCCCACGGACCAUUCAAACUCCACGACCUGGCACCGUCUCCACCCCACAGAUGGCUCCUCUGGGCAGAACAGCAAAGUUGGGACCGGGAUGAGCAAAUCGGCCUCUUUUGCCUUUGAGUUUCCCAAGGACAGAAGUGGGAUUGAGACAUUCUCACCUCCUCCUCCGCCUCCAAAGUCGAGGCACCUUUUAAAAAUGAACAAGAGCAGCUCUGAUUUGGAAAAAGUGAGCCAGGGCUCUGCAGAAAGCCUCAGCCCAUCCUUCAGGGGUGUCCACGUCAGCUUCACCACCGGCUCCACGGACAGCCUGGCCUCAGACUCCAGGACCUGCAGCGAUGGAGGUCCCUCGUCUGAGCUGGCUCACUCACCCACCAACAGCGGAAAGAAGCUCUUUGCUCCCGUUCCGUUUCCUUCAGGCUCCACUGAGGAUGUGUCCCCCAGUGGCCCCCUGCAGCCCCCUCCACUCCCCCAGAAAAAGAUAGUGAGCCGGGCAGCCUCUUCACCGGAUGGCUUCUUCUGGACCCAAGGCUCCCCCAAGCCCCGAACAGCAAGCCCCAAGCUGAACCUAAGCCACUCAGAAACCAACGUCCACGACGAGUCUCACUUUAGCUAUUCGUUGAGCCCCGGGAACCGCCACCAUCCUGUCUUCUCCUCUUCUGAUCCUCUGGAGAAAGCUUUCAAAGGCAGUGGCCACUGGGUUCCAGCAGCAGGGCUGGCGGGCAACAGAGGCGGCUGUGGGAGCCCUGGCCUCCAGUGCAAAGGGGCCCCCUCCGCCUCAUCCUCCCAGCUGAGCGUGUCCAGUCAAGCCUCCACUGGGAGCACCCAGCUUCAGCUGCACGGUCUCCUGAGCAACAUCAGCAGCAAGGAGGGCACCUAUGCCAAGCUGGGGGGACUCUACACCCAGUCCCUGGCCCGCCUUGUAGCCAAAUGUGAGGACCUCUUCAUGGGCGGCCAGAAAAAGGAGCUCCACUUCAAUGAGAAUAACUGGUCGCUCUUCAAGCUGACUUGUAACAAGCCCUGCUGUGACUCGGGGGAUGCCAUUUACUACUGUGCCACCUGCUCUGAGGACCCCGGCAGCACCUAUGCUGUGAAAAUCUGCAAAACCCCUGAGCCCAAAACAGUCUCCUACUGCAGCCCGUCCGUGCCCGUGCACUUUAACAUCCAGCAGGACUGCGGCCACUUCGUCGCCUCGGUGCCCUCCAGCAUGCUCACCUCCUCCGACGCGCCCAAGGACCCUGUGCCUGCCCUGCCCGCACACCUCCCUGCCCAGGAGCAGGACUGCGUGGUGGUCAUCACCCGAGAGGUGCCACAUCAGACCGCCUCCGACUUCGUGCGGGACUCGGAGGCCAGCCACCAGGCGGAGCCUGAGGCGUACGAGCGGCGCGUGUGCUUCCUGCUUCUGCAACUCUGUAACGGGCUGGAGCACCUGAAGGAGCACGGGAUCAUCCACCGGGACCUGUGCCUGGAGAACCUGCUGCUGGUGCACUGCACCCUCCAGGCCGCCCCCGCCCCCGCUGCCGCCGCGCCUCCCUGCUCCUCUGCCGCCACGCCCGCUGGUGGUACUCUCAGCCCCGCAGCCGGCCCCGCCUCCCCGGAAGGGCCCCGGGAGAAGCAGCUGCCCCGGCUCAUCAUCAGCAACUUUUUGAAGGCCAAGCAGAAGCCGGGCGGCACCCCAAACCUGCAACAGAAGAAGAGCCAGGCCCGGCUGGCCCCCGAGAUCGUGUCUGCCUCCCAGUACCGCAAGUUCGAUGAGUUCCAGACAGGCAUCCUCAUCUACGAGCUGCUGCACCAACCCAACCCGUUCGAGGUGCGCGCCCAGCUGCGGGAGCGGGACUACCGGCAGGAGGACCUGCCGCCGCUGCCCGCGCUAUCCCUCUACUCACCCGGCCUGCAGCAGCUGGCACAUCUGCUGCUGGAGGCCGACCCCAUCAAGCGUAUCCGCAUCGGCGAGGCCAAGCGCGUGCUGCAGUGCCUGCUGUGGGGGCCUCGGCGCGAGCUGGUGCAGCAGCCGGGCACCUCGGAGGAGGCGCUGUGCGGCACGCUGCACAACUGGAUCGACAUGAAGCGGGCCCUGAUGAUGAUGAAGUUUGCAGAGAAGGCGGUGGAUCGCAAGCGGGGCGUGGAGCUGGAGGACUGGCUUUGCUGCCAGUACCUGGCGUCUGCGGAGCCCGGGGCCCUCUUACAGUCGCUGAAGCUCCUGCAGCUUUUGUGAGCCAAGCCCCAGCCUGCACUGUCGCUGCCCCUUCCCUGCCUAACCCUUUCCUGUCUUGCCUUGGAGGCGCCCAUGUCUCCCUGGGAAAUGGUACAGAUGACUGGUAUACCUGGAUGUAAAAUAUAUAAAUAUAUAUAUAGAAAAUACAUAUACCAUAUAUAAAUAUGAAAGACUAAGGAUGCCGUUGCCCGCUCACACUGGUUUCCUCUCUGCACCAAGUCCUCCCUGUUUUCUUCUGUAAUUAUAUACAUUUCUAGUUCCAUGCAACGUCCUGAGGACAGUUCUGUGAACAGAAUGCAGCCUGGACACUGGCCUCAAUACCUUGUUUAGGAUUUCUUCACCCUUUUGUCAAAUUGUUAUUUAAAGAAAAAAAAAAAGAAGAAAAUUCCAUUAAAUUUUUUUUUGGUUGAGUCAUGAGCAAAGCUCUUUAUCCUUAAGUGCCUGAGUGCAUUAAUAUGUUUGGUGGGUCAAACGGACCUGUCUUUGGUCUUACGCUUUUCAGGAGAUAGAGCAGCAGUCUACAAAGGACCAGGCAAGUAGGUACCAAUUAAUCUUCCCUGUUUCUCUUCCCACCUGGCAGCCUCCUGGAAAGAAUCCAGACACAGCCGCUAUGAUCCCAGUGGUUUGGAAUUCAAACCCAUUUCCAGUUUGCUAAAGCUGGUUGUCAUUUGUAUCAUUCAGAGACGUGCCUGAAAACAGAGUCCACCCCAGAUGGCUCAGAUGAAAAGACCUUAAGGGGACCACUUAGCUAGGUGUGAUCAGGGUUAUGAGAACAAAGGGUGACAAGGCCAAAAGCAAGGGCCAGAACAGCAGGACAGGGGAACAUACAGGAGGUAUUUGCACUGAGAUCUCUACAGCCGGAGAUGGGAGUCUCUGUUUCCCAUCUGUCAUCUCCAACCUAAUAGGAUGCCAGACAGCAAGGGACCUUGGGUGAUGCAGUCUGAAGGAUCAGCCUCCCGGGACAGGGAGGAGGUAGAGAAUGCAUGAGACGCCAGGUGGCAAACGGCCCACUCUUCCUACCAUACUAGAUACUGGCAGGGCAAGAAUAGAAUUCAGGUGUUUCACCUCCCAGGCCAGUACUCCCUCUGCUGUUCGAGCCUCCUUCAAGUCUCCUUUUCUAAAACCUCAUUUAACACGUCUAUUGGCACCUACAACUUAUUGUAGUCAAUAUUUGUUACUAUGCCUUUAAAAGCACACAAAGAAAAUUAGGAGGCAUCAGAUCUUUCCUUCUCAGAACUAGACACACGCACGAAAGUCAAAAAUUACCUAUUUGAAGAGAAAUAGCCCCAAGACUCUUGUAUUUUUACCUAACGGGUAAUCUUCCAACUACAGAACUAAUUAAUUUCUAAAACCUUGUUAAUAACUCCGGACAAAUUAAAACAAAUACAAAGAUCUGAAUGGAUGUAUUAGAAACCUGGGGAUGCGCUUAGCAGGAAGGAUAGGGAACUCUCCCAGGUUCUCUUCUGCAUAUUAAUUUCAAUCCUUUUGUGAGUUCCACCUUCCAGCCCCUGACUACAUGUAAACACAUUCAUCUUUCCAUGCAUCGGUGGUGAGGACAGCACCUGGGGCGCAUUUGUAAUUUCAAUUGUUUCCUGAGCAUUGAGGAAAGAACUGAACCAAAACCAGCUCCCAACCCAUUUGUACAAGAGAAAGAGUCUACAAACAUGGAAAUCAUAUUUCUCCCCAGGACCUAUCUGUUUCAGUGGGGGUGGGGGGGGGCAUUAUUUGCCAGUUCUUUCUUUGUUUCUCAGAAUUUUCCAGGCAAACCUUCUGCCAUCAGUUUGCUGUCUUUUGCUUUUUUGUCCUUUUUCACUUCAAGUAAAUAAACAAUGGAGAGGGAGGAGCAAAUAUUCUGCCAGAGGAAUGCAGUGCCAUUAGAAAAUAAGGCCCAGUGUGGUGGCUCAUGGCUGUAAUCCCAGCACUUUGGGAGGCCAAGACAGGUCAAUCAUGUAAGGUCAGGAGCUUGAGACCAGCGUGGCCAACAUGGAGAAACCCUGUCUCUACUAAAAAUACAAAAAUUAGCCAGGUGUCGUGGAGCAUGCCUGUAAUCCCAGCUACUCGGGAGGCUGAAGCAGGAGAAUCGCUUGAACCCAGGAGGUGGAGGUUACAGUGAGCCAAGGUCAUACCACUGCACUCCAGCCUGGGUAACAGAGUGAGACUCUAUCAAAUAAAAGAAGAAAGAAAAGAAAAGAAGAAAGAAAGAAAGAAAGAAAGAAA